AUGAUUAAAAAAACACCCAGAGGAAGUAAACAAAACGCAAUGAGAGUAUCAUUCAACCACCCAAAAUCAAAAAGCUAUGAGAGUUUCCAAAGUUUCAGUGGAAAAUCAUAUGAUAAAUCUGAGAAUUUUGAUACAUACUUGAUGAGCGAUAACACUCAGAAGCGCUUGAGGUCUUUUUUAGAAGGAAAAAGUGAGCAAAGCUUAAAUUCUCCAAGAGGAACUACCAGCAGUUUCUAUAACUCACAUGCAAGAACUAACACUAAUGAUUCUCCACCCUUGAAAAAAACCUUCAAGUAUACUAGAAAGGAGAUUGAGCUCCCACAAGCCAUUAUGGUGAAAUUAAACAGAAGACUUUGCCCACAUACAGAAACUUAUAAAAUGAGAAGACUCAAAGGCCUAACUUUAUUGACUCCUUCAAAAUCGCAAAAAGGGACUCUUAGAUUUAAUCUUAACCAAAACUUAAAGACUGCAAAGAAAAAAGUAAAUUAUGAAGACCCACCAGAAGAGCAUUUACUUUUGGGAAGUGAAAACUUGCUAUCUAGCUUGUACUCGCAAAGUAUCAGAAUCCAAAAAUACCUUAAAAAUAAAAAUUCUGAUUCAUAUCAGGCUGAUAAAAAGCUUUCUGUAAUUUCUGAGUAAAUUUUAUUUACUCCCCCAUCCUUGAUCGAACGACUCGCCAUCGUUCGAUCAAGGAUGGGGGUUAAAAAAAUUUUUUUUAUGGGAAAAAAAAAUUAUAUAUAUAUUUUUUUAUUACUUUUAAAUAAGAGGUUUAAGAGUAUUUAAUAAUUAUUUUUACAGCAAAAAAUUGAAUUAAUUUCAUAAAAAUUCUAAUUUUUAAUAUUUUGAUUUAUUAGUUACCCCUUAAAACUGUAUAAAUUUUAAUUGUUCCUUAUUAAAUUAAUUUAUUUUUUUUUUAAAAUUUUAAAGAAUCUCUAUUUUAUUAGAUUAUUGAGGUUUUAAGCCUAAGUUGAUGGCUAAAUCACUUCGUAUGAUUGAUUCAAAAGCUUUCUAUCGUCUCAAAAUCUCUGAAAACAACUUCAUUAUGUGCAUCUUCCCAAGCUUUUGAUAACUAAUAUAUAUUUUUAUAUAUAUAAAAAUUUGCAUGAUAUGAAAAUCGUUCGAUCAAGGAUGGGGGGGGAGUUAGAAUGAUAACUCAACAACAAUCAAAAUUAGCCAAGUCAUUUUAUUCGUUAUAA